AUGGGGCCUACCACAGCGACCACUGGCCUGAUCGGGUGUAAGGGUGCGGGUGAAGCGGCCGAUCACCCAGCCCGCAGCUCCCUAAAAGCAAACUUCCAACCUGCGGAGGACCACCCACGAGCCUUCCUCCCCCCACCUCCGCCGGCGGGGGUCAUCCCGACACCAGCAACAGAUCCACCACUGACAUUCAUGUCCCAGGGACCGCAUGCAUCGGGGGUCAUUAACUCUAAAAUGGCGGCUGCCACAUGCCAGCCAGCAAGCAUGGGAACAGGAGGAGAGCUGAUAAUGGACACUAUGGUUAAGCUGGAUGAGAUCCUUAAUGCCUUUUGGGCCAGGAUUUCAGAGAGAGCGCUGACCAAAGCUACAGCCAAACGGACAACCCCAGCAUUUACACACUUGUCACCCUCGGAUCCCAAGGGCGGAGGCAGAAUAAACGCCGCCAGAGGCUCCCGAAAGCGGUACCGACAAAGGAACCGACGGCGAAAGCAACAACGCAGAGCCUGUCCCACGACAAGCACCCGUACCCAAAUUAAGCCGCAACAACCCCGUAGCAGACCAGAGGCACCCUACCCAGCAGGUCAGGGCCGACUGCCUGACAAAAUACAGAUUCACCAUCACAACUCGGACACCUGGUACUUAACCACGGCUAUGCCUCUGAAGUCUCAGGAGGCAGGGGCUCUCGGGGACUGCAUCUUUCAACCAAAAGGGAUCGGAUGA